AUGCGUGUCCGCAAAUUCCCUAAGGAGAGUUACCAUGCCCUAAGCGAUACACGCUACCAACGCAACCCUGGACGGCGCGAUGGCUUCCAGUGGAACUCGCACUCUUUCCUUUGCCCUUCCCAGGUUGACGGCUUUGAGCGUCGCUCGCGUGACUCGAACGAUUCCGUGUUGGGCGUGCACGAGUCGAACCACGUUGUUCCAGCCAAGCUGCUGAACGAGGAUGGCGUUGAGGUUGGGCAGAGUAGGCGGGAGAUAGACAUACUGGAGAUGGCACGGUACGUAGAAGGAAGGCGGAAACUCAAGGGGGCAGCGAAGGGUUUUGAGAUGGUUCGUGCUCCGGCGCGGGUCAUCGCGCUUGAUGAAGACGCUUUUUCGGUGGUCUCGGAGGAGUGGGAGCUCUCUGCAGACGGGUCGGACUGGGAAGGGAGCGAGUUCGAGCUCGUGGAUGACUUGAACGAGGACCCGGAUGUAAAGUCGGCCAUCCAACGUCAAGAAGACGAUGAUUUUCUUCUCGCCCGGCGAUUGCAGGAAGAAGAAGAUGCGCGGUUUGCCGCUAGUUAUGGCCUGGCAUCUCAGGCUCGGGGCUCAGCGGCAUCCAAUGAUAUGUCCUAA